AUGAUUGUAUGUUAUGUCGCAAUACCCUGGAAGCUGUCCUCAGCUGUCGGCAAAUGCGUGGGCGCUGUUCCUAUCCUGUAUGGCAGUACCAGUUAUCCUGAACAGGUCCGGCAGCACACCAACCCACGGGAACCCCUGACCACCCGGCGUGACCAUACGGGAACCCCUGACAACAAAAAUAACACCAAUACCACCCGCCUUAUCAGCAACAGCAGCUACCCCAGCAACAGGGGCUUUCGUAGCAACAGCACCACUACCACCACUACCACCACCAGCGGGAGCGUAGGCCGGGACAACAACAACCAGCGAUACCCGAAACAACCCACCGACAGCGUUGCAGGCACCCGCGUUGCAGCAAAGUCCGUUGUCAACGGCACCCGCGUUGGCAGCAGCGGCGCCUCCGCCGGAGCUGGUGGCGGCGCAGGGCCGGAGGACACACAGAAGGUGAGCUACAGCCAGCGGGUGGCGCGACUACGUAAGCCGGCGCUGACGGCCGCCGACAAACUGGGUCUCGAACCGGAGGAACGAGCACGCAUCUUCCGGGAGCUGAGAACACCUCGCAGCAGGGUGGUGGUGCCAAGAAGAGCCGGUGGCAGCAGUGGCGACGGCGGCCGCGGCGGCACUGGGGAUCAGGCGAUUAGGGCCGCAAGCUCAAGGACUCACCUCCGAGGCCCCGACCCUGCGGCGGCAGGGCGCAGCGCAGGAUCGGAAACGCAACCGGGACCGGGUACAAAGCCGGGGAAGCCUGAUGUCGCCUUGCUACCGCUGCCCCUACGCGUCUUUUGUUACGGCAUCGACGAUGUACGACUGUACCGCGCUCUGGAGGAGGCGGAUGCGUUGGGUCUCGUUGUGGUGGUGUCGCAGGUGGCGGCGGCGGAUGCGGUGUUCGCCACGCGGGUGAAGCGCACGGGGAAGGCGCUGACGCUGGAUGAGGUAGGUCCGGGCCGCCAUAGGGAGAGCCCUGUAGUGAGUACGGAUGCCGUACUGGCCUUCCGGAGGCCCCGCACGGAAUCUUGUUCAGGGAUCUCCAACGCGGCUCGUAACGCCAACAAGCCCUUCGUGGAGCUUUCCGCCGUGUCGGCCAUGCGAGUGAUGGAGGCCGUGGAGGAGCUCACGGGGUGGCUGGUUCCGGAGCAUCUGCGGAGGCGGACUCCGCCACCGCCGCUGGCGCUGUUGCCGCCGCUGGAUGCGGCGGACUCUACGGGCAGCGCGGAGGCGCUGGGGCUGCUGACUGGCGGCCUGACCCUCUCCGAGUACAUCCUGGCCAGGGCGGGGCAGGACCUGCCGGUCUCACUUAUACGGGAACUGGACCGUACAGAUCUGUACGACAGCCGGGACGAGCUACUGCCCGUCAACCCUCAGGAGCGCGAGGCAGCGCGGCAGCGCCCUGUGUUCCGGCCGUACAUGCAUGGCAGCCGUAUGGCCAGGCAGCGCCUGCUGCGGGAGCACAUGCGGAGUCGUGCAGAGGCGGAGGGUGUAGUGCCUUGGUAG